AUGCCGCCUUACCUCCUUUCGUUACUUCUCCUACUGUCCACUGUCUCCCACGUGACAGGUGAUCAACUCGUAUCGACAAAUUUGAAUCCGCUUCCCAGUUUGUACGUACCAGUUGGCGUUGGUUUCUCGCCAGAUAACACUAAACUAAAUGACGAUUUUGGAAUGUUCGGAAACCAUUUCGGUGGGACCGAUAAAGAUGCCUUCACAACUUGUGGAAGGAAGACAGUCAAAAGUCUGAAUGAGCGAUUCACAAACGCACAUAUUGAGGUCGAUGUGAUUUGUGAGCCAUCACCACAUCGUGUUAUUAUCAAAGCUGAUGGAAAAUCUCAUGAUUUCGGAAAUCUCAAUAGAAAACUGACCGAGGAAUGUGAAUUGUUCACUUGUUCGAGUGACAGUUACGAGGCUGGUGAUACUAUUUUGGGAACAAUGGACAUUAACGUGUAUUUUGUUCCGAACAUAUCGAGUUCAAACCUUCCACCAGAAUUGAGACAUGUGCCGGGUGUUUCAGUCAAGUCGGGUCAGCCAGAAAACCCUGCGACAAACGUAUGCAAAGAUAAGAAGGCUGGAUAUUUGAAGGGACCUACAGGAGCUGUCCUGUUUGCCAAUGAAGCACACUGCUACUCGACGAAUCCGGGCAAGAAAUACGAAACCAAAGACUAUAUUCAAGUUCCAAGAUGGCUUCAACCAGGAGAAUCUGUUCGGAAUAUUCGUCCAUUCUUUUUCAAUGGAGAGCGUACCUCUGCUUAUGAUCGAACUCCAUAUAGUUUCCGCACUGAAACCAACAUGAACGGGUUGCAGUUCCAAAAAUGUGACACAACUUGUGACAGCGGAAAGGUUGUGAAAAUGAAAGCGAGGGAUUCCAAAUACAAAAUCUCGAUUGCCAUCGAUACGGUUGUUUGUACAUCCUUCCGUAUCUGUAUUUCACCAGAAGGUUUUGCUUCGGAUGAUGUGGUUCCAAAAUGUGAUCCAGGUAAAAUCAUCGAUGUGAAUGUGAAGAGUGGAAUCGUCGUUUGGCCGAAUAAGGGACGAUCUUCUCUGAUUGAACUGAUGUCUCCAUAUCAUCAAGGAACUCCAGUAGUUGUCGAGUUUGGAUACGGAAUCGAAGUCAACAAAAAAGAUCAGGCAGAAUACUACAUUGGAAAUGAUCACCGAGAGAUUGUUUCGAGUAAUUCUGCUGGUUUCAACGCAGCUGAUUCUCUUCAACUCGCAUUCUUUUUUCCUGUCGAGAAUUGCUUGAAAGAAAAGGCUGGUAUCUUCUCUAAAUACGUUGAAAAUGCUGUUGCUCUAUCAUCAAAACCUCUAACGCAAGGAGCUCUUUAUGAUCAAGCACUCACUCCAAUUGACGCCGAACAAGCUGAAAUUGUUACAACGACGACUACAGUUGGACCGAGUAAUCUUCCACAUACAACAACUUUAGCUGCUCCACGUGCAAUCCCAGAUGCAGCUCAUUUGAUUGAUGCUGAAAGUGCUUUUGAAACAAAUGAGAAAUCGAGUGCCACGUAUUUAGAAGGAAAAUGGUGGACUUGGGGAAUCUAUAUAGGAUUUGUGAUUGGAACACUUCUCACAUUGGGAAUUGGAGGUGGAUUGUUCUACGUUUUACGUCGGACAGUCUUCGGAAUCUGGUACCGUGGAAUGUACAAACGAUAUGGAUGUGACGUUUCUGGAACUACCGGAGGGAUUACUGGAGUUGGGUUCGGAAAUACAGUUACUGGAGACGUAACUGUUCAAGGAACAACUGGUGGAACCACGGUAGGAGCAACUGGAACUACAACUUCCGGAACAACUGGUGGAACAACAGCAACCGAAACUUCUACUUUACUCGAUAAAACUAGUGGCUCAAAAUCAAUUGCUAUGUGA